AAUCGAUAUUGAACUAAAAGGGAAGAGAAGAGAAGAGAGGUCUUAUUGAAUCAGAAAUAACACUCACAAGGGAGAGAGUUGGGAGUUGAGAGAUGGCGAGAUACGAUAGAGCAAUCACUGUUUUCUCACCAGACGGCCACCUUUUCCAGGUAGAGUACGCCCUAGAAGCUGUCCGCAAAGGUAACGCCGCCGUCGGCGUCCGAGGCACCGAUACUGUCGUCCUCGCCGUCGAGAAGAAAUCCACCCCUAAGCUCCAGGAUACGAGAUCGGCCAGAAAGAUUGUUAGCCUUGAUAACCACGUCGCAUUGGCCUGUGCUGGGCUGAAGGCAGAUGCUCGUGUCCUGAUAAACAAGGCGAGGAUCGAGUGUCAAAGCCACAGGCUUACUUUGGAGGAUCCAGUGACUGUUGAGUACAUCACUCGCUACAUAGCAGGACUUCAACAGAAGUAUACUCAAAGUGGUGGUGUGAGACCUUUUGGUCUUUCCACUCUUAUUGUUGGUUUUGACCCCUACACUCGUAUACCUUCGCUUUAUCAGACCGAUCCGUCUGGUACCUUCUCUGCUUGGAAGGCUAAUGCGACCGGGAGAAACUCUAACUCAAUCAGGGAGUUUCUGGAGAAGAAUUAUAAAGAAACCUCGGGGCAAGAGACUGUUAAACUUGCAAUACGUGCUCUGCUUGAGGUAGUUGAGAGUGGUGGAAAGAACAUUGAGGUUGCUUUAAUGACAAGGGAGGAAGGUACUCUGAAGCAGCUAGAAGAAGCUGAAAUCGAUGCGAUUGUGGCUGAGAUUGAAGCUGAGAAGGCGGCUGCAGAAGCAGCCAAGAAAGGCCCUUCUAGGGAAACAUGAGCCAUUUCUUACGGCAUUGGUCUUGGUUUCUGAAUUGUGUGAUGUUGGUUCGAAGAAAAGAUAUUUGAGGGUUGAAUAGACAAAACUCUGGACUGCGUUUAGUUCAUGUUGUGUUGGAUUAUUAGCCUGUUUGACAUUCUUCAUUUUAAAUCAUAUAUUUGGCUAUUUUAUG